GUCCAUGGCGCAAUAUUGCGUCAUUUUCCAAAUUGCGAUCUUUAGCGACAAGAUAUGGCGACUGGCGGCGGCAAGAAACUCUGGGGCGGACGAUUCAGUGGGGAGCUGGACCCUGUGAUGAACAAGUUCAACGAGAGCUUAAGUGUCGACAAGCGCAUGUGGGCGGCGGACAUCCGCGGGAGCAAGGCGUAUGCGUCGGCGUUGCGAGCCGCGAACGUGAUCACUGUCGAAGAGAACGUUGUCAUCCAAGACGGAUUGAACAGCGUCUUUGCAGAAUGGGAGAAUGGAACGUUUGUCAUCGUCGCGGGCGACGAAGACAUCCACACGGCGAACGAACGCCGCCUCACGGAGUUGAUCGGAAGUGCCGGCGGCAAACUCCACACCGGUCGAAGCCGCAACGAUCAAGUGGCGACCGACAUGCGCAUCUACUUAAAGGACGCAAUUACAGGACUAUCCCAUCAGCUCAAGGAGCUAAUCGGCGUCGCGGCCCAGUUGGCGGAAAGUAACAUCUCCCUGCUCAUGCCUGGCUUUACGCACCUUCAACCUGCGCAGCCCAUUCGCUUUGCCCACUGGGUAAUGUCCCACGUGGCGGCAUUGCAGCGGGACGCCGAACGUCUCGAGGACUUGGUCAAGCGCGUCGAUGUGUUGCCGUUGGGGAGCGGGGCGUUGGCAGGCAACUCGUUUGGGAUUGACCGCGCUCUGAUUGCGAAGGAGUUGAACUUUGGGCGCAUUUCCCCCAACAGUCUGGACGCGGUGGGGGAUCGCGACUUUAUAGUUGAAUUCUUGUUCUGGGCGUCGAUGACCAUGAUUCACUUCUCGCAACUGGCGGAAGAUCUGAUCAUUUACAACACGUUGAAAUUCGUCACCAUGGCGGACGCGUACAGCACAGGCAGCAGCUUGAUGCCGCAGAAGAAGAACCCCGACGCCCUCGAGCUGCUCCGGGGCAAGUCUGGCGCGGUCAUCGGUCGUCUCAAUGGCCUCAUGAUCACUCUCAAAGGACUGCCUCGAUCGUACAACAAGGAUUUGCAAGAAGACAAGACCGCGCUGUUUUACGUGGUUGACACGAUGGUCGACUGCAUUCAGAUCGCCGCGGGCGUGCUGGCGACUUUGACGCCCAACGCCGCCAAGAUGCGCGGGUUCUUGGUCACGGAGAUGCUGGCGACGGACUUGGCCGAGUACUUGGUGCGUCGCGGGGUUCCGUUUCGUGAAACCCAUCAUGUGGCAGGUACAGUUCAUGGAGGCAUAUUGGUUGGAUAUGAAUAUGCUGGUAGGCGCGGCGGUGCGACUGGCGGAAGACGCCAACAAACCAUUGAGCGACCUGACGCUGGCAGAGUUGCAGUCGCUGCAUCCUGAAUUCGAGCCAGAUGUGAUGGACAUUUGGAAUUAUGAAGCCAGCGUCGAGCGCAAGAACGUCCCUGGGGGCACGAGCGAGUCGGCCGUCCUCAACCACGUCCGCGAUGUCAAAGCCUGGAUUGCCAAGUAACUCCGUGUUAGUGUAGCCUACUUAACGCUACUCGAGGUUUUGCCAAGAUGGCUCUGUUUGUCCUGUGGAGCUUUGCCACGUGUCGUUUCUUACUGGGGCCUUCUGGUUGGAGAAGGCUUGUAAGUAGUAUAUA